GAACGGUCGUGCGUAAGGACGGCGGGUCAGCUGAUCAGAGGACCGGGAGGAAGCAGCCGAAUCAGCGGGUGUGUAGAGUGGGAACCUACCGGAUACUGACAUCGGUUAGAACCUGGGAUAACCGGGAGCAAAAGACCGGUGGCGUUCGUGAGAGAACUAGGGCGUGGUUUUGUUCCACCAUGGCCAGUUGGGACUGAGGAGCCGCCACAAUGAUUGGAGGAUUGUUCAUCUACAACCACAAGGGGGAGGUCCUUAUCUCCCGGGUGUACCGAGAUGACAUUGGGCGUAAUGCGGUAGACGCAUUUCGUGUGAACGUGAUCCAUGCCCGGCAGCAGGUUCGAUCCCCGGUGACAAACAUCGCCCGUACAAGCUUUUUUCACGUCAAGCGCUCCAACAUCUGGUUGGCGGCGGUCACCAAGCAGAAUGUCAAUGCUGCCAUGGUGUUCGAGUUCCUCUACAAGAUGUGUGACGUCAUGACAGCCUACUUUGGCAAGAUCAGCGAGGAGAACAUCAAGAACAACUUUGUGCUCAUCUACGAGCUCUUGGAUGAGAUCCUGGACUUUGGUUACCCCCAGAACUCAGAGACCGGAGCUCUGAAGACUUUCAUCACCCAGCAGGGCAUUAAGGGACAGCACCAGACAAAAGAGGAGCAGUCUCAGAUCACCAGCCAGGUGACGGGGCAGAUCGGCUGGCGCCGAGAGGGCAUCAAGUAUCGACGCAAUGAGCUUUUCCUGGACGUACUGGAGAGUGUGAACCUGCUCAUGUCGCCUCAAGGCCAGGUCCUGAGCGCUCACGUGUCGGGCCGAGUAGUGAUGAAGAGCUACCUGAGCGGGAUGCCUGAGUGCAAGUUUGGCAUGAACGACAAGAUUGUCAUCGACAAGCAGGGCAAGGGAGGAGCGUCUGAUGAUGCAGGGAAGAGUGAUUUAGGGGGAGGAAGUGGGAAGCAGUCUAUAGCCAUCGAUGACUGCACCUUCCACCAGUGUGUGCGCCUCAGUAAGUUCGACUCGGAGCGUAGCAUCAGCUUCAUCCCCCCUGAUGGAGAGUAUGAGCUCAUGAGGUAUCGCACCACUAAAGACAUCAUCCUGCCGUUCCGGGUCAUCCCUCUGGUCAGGGAAGUUGGUCGCACUAAACUGGAGGUUAAGGUGGUUAUCAAGUCCAACUUCAAACCCUCACUGCUGGCCCAGAAGAUCGAGGUGCGUAUCCCAACACCUCUUAACACCAGUGGUGUGCAGGUGAUCUGUAUGAAGGGAAAAGCAAAGUACAAGGCCAGUGAGAACGCCAUUGUGUGGAAGAUCAAGCGCAUGGCAGGAAUGAAGGAGUCACAGAUCAGCGCUGAGAUUGAGCUGCUGCCGACCAACGAUAAGAAGAAAUGGGCCAGGCCUCCCAUCUCUAUGAACUUUGAGGUUCCUUUUGCUCCCUCUGGGCUGAAAGUGCGCUACUUGAAGGUGUUUGAGUCCAAGCUCAACUACAGUGACCAUGAUGUCAUCAAAUGGGUUCGCUACAUUGGCCGAUCCGGCAUCUACGAGACCCGCUGCUAAAGUUCAACCCCAGCCAGGCAGCGAACUGACCACUUUUUCCUCCCAUCUAUCUUGUUAAGAUUUUUUUCUUCUGCCCCCUUCCUACUUUGUCCGUCCCCUUCCCUCAAUCCUAUUAGCUUCUCUCAUACACCCCCUUCUCCACCCCCACCUCCACCCUUACUCCUUCUAACUAGGUGUUGGAGAUUGAAUUUACAUCCUUAAAAAAAAGAAAGAAAAAAAGUAUGAUAUAAUGCACAGAUAUAUGCAAAAUGUGAACCAUUGUAUCAUAUAUAUCUCGUAGUGAUGAGUUAACCUGUAAACCAACUGGUGUCUGAGGAAAAAAAAAACAAAAAAAAAGACGAGCAACACAGGUGGGGACCAGGGGGAGAGGACUGGAGACGGUCUUUAAAGGACAUUGUGUUGUGUUUAUUCAGUGUUAUUGUUCCACUAUCUACCCUCCAGUAACGUUAGAAGCUCCACAAGUCCUGAGUUAAUCUCUGGUAAAGAUGAUUUGUAGCUGUUGUGGUUAAAAAUGAAUCCUGAUAUAGUUCCUGUGUAUGAACUUUUGUCUCUGUAGAGUUUACCCUUCAAAUUAAGAUGCAUUGUCUGAUUCUGUAUUGUAGACCUGAUUGAUAUUUGAUCUGUGUUUGUGGGAGGCGGUCAUGUGGAUCAAAAGUGUCAUUUCAAGAUCUCUGUAAAGGAAGCAAGGAAAGAGGACAAACCAAUAGUGAGCGAGCUGUUUUGUACUAAAUGGAGAGCAUUGUUCCCUUGCUAUUUUUCCAUUAUUAGUAAAGUAUAAACACAGGGGAAUCAUUCCAGACAGCUUUGAGGUUUGACCUUCAUCUUGAUAAGUAUCCUGAAAUUUCCUUCACUAAGAUCAACUGUCACACUAUUUUGAUUUUGAGAAGCUCUGGGCAAAUCUUGCAGUGGGAGUGUAUGCAGCGAGGUGAGGUCUCCCCCUGGUGUUCGCCUCGUCACUGUCCGCUUCUUCAUGUUUGUAGCCCUGGUGACCGUUCUGUCCAAUAAAAUCUGACUAUGUAACCAA